AUCAUCACUUCUGACCAGAAGCGAUGGGAGUUUUGCGUGGCAGCUGAUGAACGUGACGCGUGGGUGGCAGCGAUUGAGGAGCAAAUCGAAAAAGCGCUCCAAAAUCAGAUGAGCAAGCCUAGUACAAGAGCCCGAGGCGACAGGGAAGAGGUGUUGGCCCUUCGCCAGCUGCCCGGCAACGACCGUUGUGCGGAUUGCGGCCAAACGUCACCUGAUUGGGCAAGCCUCAAUCUUGGCAUUUUGAUAUGCAUCGAGUGUUCUGGAACUCAUCGGAAUCUUGGGUCUCAUAUUUCACGGGUUGCGUUCGCUCGAUUGGAUGCAUGGCCUGUGGAAUUUUUAGCAGUGAUGCAAGCGAUCGGCAACGAUGCUGCGAAUCGGCUAUGGGAGCACCACGCUCCGUCCGAUCGACGUCCACAACCGGACAGCCCACUUGAAAUGAAGGAAGCGUGGAUUCGCGACAAGUACGAGUCGAAGCGAUUCUUGCCGUCGCUGCGUGUCGACGCCACCGUAGGCGCGCAACUGGUUGGAGCAGUGAUCGCACGCGACGUCGCGGAAGUGUCACUGUUGUUGGCUCGCGCGUCUCCGGAGGACGUGAACACCACAGUGUCCGGAACUCGGGAUCGUCGAUCGCCGCUUCAUUUGGCGUGCAGUAUUGGCAGCUUGGCUAUUCUACAGUUGCUGCUAUGGAACAAUGCCGACAUUCGUGCGCUGGACGAACAGGGGCGCUCCGGGCUUUGGCAUGCUCGUAACAGCGGCUUCAAGGAAUGUGCUGAUAUGCUUCUCACUGCUGGUCUCGACACCAACUACGGUAUGCCGACUCCGUCGACUCGGAACUCAACUCAUUCCCCUCCGCUACCGGAGGGUGCAGUGUUGGGGUCGUUGUCGAACCGCGACUAUUCCUGUAUAGGCGAAGAAGUAGUACUGAGGAGAGUGGCGCCGCCAGUCGUGCCGACGAAGCGCUCGACAAAUGCUUUUGACUUGCUGCCAGCAAGCAUCAUCUAG